CUUACUUUUACCAUCAUAUCAGGAGUAAAAUUAGAAAGUUAACCAUACAUAUACUUUUCUUAUUUUGGUUAAAAGUAAAAAAUGGAAGGGUUUGUUGAAAGGGAAAAGUAUUUAAUUUGUUUGCUGCCAAUCCUGCCAUUAUAUAUGAACAUUUUCCAUAUGUGUGCAGUUAGUGCACCGGUUGGAGUUUGUUAUGGGAGAGUAGGAGACAACCUCCCACCGCCGUCAGCCGUCGCCAAGGCAGUCCAGUCCACCGGAAUUUCAAGAAUCCGGCUGUUCAAUCCCAAUGCCGAAGCUCUAAACGCGUUUUCCGGCACCGGAAUCGAGCUCAUGGUAGGCGUUCCCAACGAAGUUCUCCCCACGCUGUCUAACGACAGCGUGGAGAGCUCCAUACAAUGGCUCCAAUCCACCAUUUUUGCCCACAUUCCAUCCGGCCAAGUCGUAUCCUUAGCCGUCGGCAAUGAAAUUUUCCAAAACGACCAAUCGUUUUACUCUCCGUUCCUCGUCAACGCGAUGGUCAAUGCUCAUCAAGCCCUACAAAAGCUAGGGUUCCCGUGGAUUAAGGUGUCGACGCCACACGCCGCGUCGAUUCUCUCCACGUCUUACCCUCCAUCCGCCGGAGCGUUUGACCCCACCCUCAUCCCACUCCUAUUGCCAUUGUUACAUUUUUUGCGCGACACCUCGUCACCGCUCAUGGUCAACGUGUACCCGUACUUCAGCUGUGUCAGCGAGCAGAAGUUCGUGUCACUGGACCGAGUCUUAUUCAGGUCCACUGACACGGAAACCGACAACAAUUUAAGGUACGACAACAUGUUCGAUGCGACGGUUGACGCGUUCGUGUACGCCCUCGAGCGAGAAGGGUUCGGGGAGGUAUCGGUCGUGGUUAGCGAGACCGGUUGGCCGACGUCGGGCGGCGAGGCGGCGACUUUGAGCAAUGCAUUGGCUUAUAAUGGGAAUGUUGUGGCAAGGGCAUUGGGAAAUGUUGGAACCCCUAAAAGGCCAGGGUUAGGUUAGAGGUUUUCUUGUUUGACUUAUUUGAUGAGAAUGGGAAGGGUGGCAAUGAGGUUGAGAAGCAUUUUGGCAUUUUCCAUGAUGAUGGUGUCAAAGCAUAUGACAUCAACUUCAAUUGAAAUUUCUAAUAUAUUUAUUGUAAUGUA